AAAUGCUGGCGAACGAAGUUGGCUCUCUCUCUUAUGGGUAUUCUUUGUGAUGUUGUUAUCUUUGCUCGAAACCUGCUCGAAUCUGUCAUCUGGUCAUCUGUGUUAGGGUAGUUAUAGAAGGUGUAGUAUUUAAGGCAAUAUAAUUCAAAACAGUGAUGAAAGUAAGGAAGAAGGCCUGAAAUAGAUGGUUGCUGAAUGGGGAAAUGUCACUGUGUAUACUGGACGCGGGCACUUCUAAUUUGUGGCUCGGCGUUGAACGAGUAUGAAUGUACAGUAUGUCAAAGGCCUUGUAAAUUGAAUCACGUGCCUCAUUUGCUGUCAAAAUGGAGGAAGUGGAUAAUAUUAUAAUUCACUCGUUACGGAAAAUUGGCUGUGAUAUUGAAGAUGAAAUAGAUAGCUUGAAGUUAUUUUCUCCUGAACUAGUAGUUCAAGCUGCUGUAAAAUGUUUGGACAUUAUCCAACCCCAAUUAGGAUUGCCACAUUCAUUACCGCCUUCAAUGUCGGCAAGAUUUCGACUUGGUGCAAGUCUUGCUCAAGCUUGUGUGGAUUUAGGAUACCCUGGAGAGAUGGGAUAUCAAACUUUCUUAUACUCAAAUGAAGCAGAUGUACGCAGGGUUUUUAUGUUCCUAAUAGAGAAAUUGCCAAAAGAAGCUGAAAAAAGUAUAAUUGAGCCUGCAGGUAGAACAGAAAUUUUGUUAAAACAAAUCGGUGAAGUGUUGAGAAAACAGUUGCAAUCUCCUUGGUUGCCUAGUUACUGUUGGCGAAGAGGAGUUAGGUGGAGAGAAGAUGGAUCAUGGAGUAGAGAGGGAUGUGGUCACCACCAGCCGUUUUCAUCUUGUGAUUUAAACAUUCCGAAGACUGUUAAUUUAAAAAAUGAUGUCUCGCAAGCGUGGUGUGAGUAUUACGUUCGCUAUUUGCCAUUGGUGACGGAACAAGUAGCAAAUAGAAGACAGCUUGUGCCAUCUUUGAUUAAUUUUAAUGAGAAAUCUAUUGCUCUGAAAGAAAGAUUGUCAUUGUCCGUGCCAAGUGAAAGUAUUUGUAUAAAAAUACCUCAGCGGUUGUUGACAUGUUUAGUACAAGAUGUGGAGAAAUCUUCUCAGUUGGAUUUUAGUCGACAGUUAAUGUACGUGAAUGACUCGGGAGAGAAAUCAAAACUCAACCAAUCUGCUUUAAGUGACAAAUUUCAGAACUCACAGGUUACCACAGCAGUUCAGAAUUUGGAUGAUAUUCGCACUGAUCCAACUUCUGUUGCGCUUAUGAAACAAAAGCAGGAGGAAGAACAAUUGGAGAAAACUCGAGAAGAAGUUGAAAAUUUUGUUGAAGUAACAAAGGAAACUCUUCUCAGUGUCAAGAAACUUUCAGCAAAAUUAGCUCAGCUUAAUGAAGAUCUGCCUGGAGAAGAGAAGGCUUUAAAAGAACUGGAAGAACGGUAUGCUGUGAAAAAACGAACGUAUGAUUUAUUACCUGAUGCUGAAGCUAAUCUUAGUAAACUACAAUCCAUGGUAGAGUCGAGUGCACAAAAACUAGUUAGUUUGGCAGCACAGUGGGAGAAACAUAGAGCUCCUCUUUUGGAGCAAUACAGAGGAGCUAAAGAGCGAAAUUCCAACAAAGCUUCAGAAAGUCAGAAACAAGCUGAUGCUGUACGUGCCUUGAAAGAAAAAGCGCGAGAAUUAAGUGAUGAAAUAAGAUGUAAAGAACAAUUGCAUUCUCAGUUAGUUGCAGAAUAUGAGUCAAUAUCUAAGGAUACCAAAAGAUCUGCAUAUACUCGUCGAAUAAUGGAAAUUAUUGGAAAUAUUCGGAAGCAGAAGGAAGAAAUAGAUAAAGUUAUAAAUGAUACCAGAGAGUUGCAGAAAGAAAUCAAUAAUUUAACUGGAAGAUUAGAUCGCUCUUUUACUGAUGCAGAUGAACGUAUUUUUAGAGAUGCCAAGAAGGAUGAAGUAGCACGCCGAGCUUACAAGCUUUUAGCAACCUUGCACUCAGAUUGUAGUGAAUUAGUGCAAAUGGUGGAAGAAACAGGGGCCACUGUUAGAGAAAUCCGUGAUUUGGAAGAACAGAUUGAGAUUGAAAGCGCAAAGAAUGUUGGAGCUAACUUAGAGCGUGUGUCUGCUGAUUUAAAACAAAUGAAACAAGAAAAUGCUGCAUUAACUGCACAAUUGAAGUCCAAGUUGCAAAGCAACAAUGUAAAAACUGUGUGAUUAUUGAUAUGUUAUGAAUAUCUGAAGUAUUUAAAUGUUCGCUACAGCUCUGCAUAAAUAUAGAGGACUGUUUAUAAUGAUCAGAAUAAGCUUUUCAUACAAUUUGAAGAAAUAUUGCUGUAAAUAUAACACAUAGUUUAACUGGUAGUUUUAUAUAAUGAAAAUGAUUGUUGAAAUGUGUUGUGUGCAUGUCUCUGUAAGUUUCCAAAGAAAGGGAAGAAGCAAAUUUUGUGUAAUUUUUUUAUGUAUUGACAUGGAAUUUUUCUAUGUACAUAUCAAGCAUGAUUUCUAUGAAUGAUGGUUUUUAUGACUGAUUAUACAUGAUAAUUAAUAUACAGAUUCAAUGUUGUGUAUUCUUGCAUUGAUGUACAUGAUGAAUACAGUAUUUAUAGUAGUAUGUUAUUCAGUUUUGUUUUUACUAAUUAGCUCACAAGAACACCAAAUGACAACUCAUUUUGUACACAACUGUUAAAUAUUAGUUCUAUCAUUUUCUAGGUGAGGGCUAUAGCAUAAUUAAAUUACCCUUUUUUGACUGAAUAUUCACCUAUAUUUGUCAAAGUACAUAUCAGAUGUUUAAAGUAAAAAUGGUAGGUCUAGUUUCAAAAAUAUAAAUUAAGAGAAAAUUGCAUGUAACAAUAUUGCAAACCAACUGUGCGACUUUCUAAUA